UUCGAUGGAACGCAAUCUUUUGUGAUAUUAUUUUUUAUUUGUUUGUAAAACUAGGAGAAAAUGAUCUUAUAAAUUGUUUACUUUUUUGUGAAAUAUGUGCUAUUAGAAGUUGUGCUGUGGCAUUGUAAGAAUGGCUGGCUUUGGAGAUUAUUCAAGUUUUAACAGGCCUUUUGGCUUGGAUCCCAAUAGAGAUACGAACGAUUUGUACGACACCCGCUAUCAGCAGAUAUAUGGGUAUCAUACGCCCGUCACUGAGGAAUACCAGGGACCCCCUUUGGUUAUGGAUGAUAUCCCUGAGGAUGAUAACAGCACAUAUGUGACAACAGCUAUAAGUGUUGCUAGUCUAAUAACUGAGAAUCUGUUGAGCCACCCAUUCAUUGUAUUACGAAGACAAUGUCAGGUCCACAACAGCCUAAAAAACUACCACAUAGUGCCAUACACACUACUGCCAGUGGUGGUGAGACUGCAUAGAAGACAAGAUAUCACUACACUGUGGAAAGGGAUCGGCUCUACUUGUAUUGUGAAGGGAUUAAACUUGGCUGUUGAAGAUGUGGUGGCCAAAGGAACAGGAUGGCCCAAGGAAAUUGGCAAAUGCGGUUCAGUGUUGCAGUUCCUGCAACAUGUGGCCUUGAAAUGCAUCAGCUUAGCCAUCAUAACACCAUUCUACUCUGCAAGUUUAGUGGAGACAGUUCAAAGUGACAUUGCAAGUGACAAGCCGGCAUUGCUGGAUGUGUUCAGGGAAGGUUUUGUGCGGAUCCUUGAAUGGGGAACUCCGAGCAGGGGCCGGAUGCUGCCAAUAUGGGCAAUUGUGUUGCCCACAGCCGCUCUUGGCAUAUCCAAAUAUCUUACCCAUAUAACACUUCGAGGACUAACAGCGAAAAUUCUCAGAUUUCAACAGAGGCACAAACAUGAAAUGAGCGACAGUUACAAUGUAAACUACCAGAAAAGCUCCCAGAAUCCCCUUAUCGAGGAUAUCAACUUAAAAGCAAAUAUAUUCUCCUUUAUUACUAUGGAGAUACUAUUUUAUCCAGUUGAGACUAUAAUACACAGGCUUCACAUACAGGGAACAAGGACAAUAAUAGACAAUCUAGAUACUGGGACGUCAGUAACUCCCAUCUUAACCGGAUAUGAGGGUUUCAUGGAUUGCUACAACACAACAGUUUCUCGGGAAGGUGUCGGCGGGCUGUACAAAGGCUUUGGAGCAUUAGUGCUCCAACUUGCCGCACAUCUGGCAAUUAUAAAGCUAACCUCCCUGGUGGUUGCCGAGGUGUCUAACCUCUUGAAACCAGCUAAAUCUCCAACCAGUUCUGACGAUUCUGUUCACACACAACAGAAGUAUUUAUUCAAUUAAUCUUUUUAUUGUAAGUGAAAAACAAAUAAAAUUACAGUUUGCAUUGUGAUGCUAUCUAAGAAAUUACGUUUUUAUUAAGCUCAACGUUCCAAUAGAAUCUGUUGCUCAUAGUUGUUCCAGAAUUAACAGAAAGAGAAUUAUUUAUUCUGUGUAGUAUGUUUCUUGUUUUUUAUUUCUUUUGUAGAAAAUCAAUGAGCUAGAUUUUAAGAUAUAAUGUAGAGAGCGAAAUUGAACAAAAAAAUAUGAAAAAAAAUGCUCUAAAUAAAAAUUGGUUUUGUUGAUUAUA